CAGAAUGAUACUUUCCUUUAUUAGAUAGCACAGGUGAAGCCUUAGCCUUAGGGGGCAGUGAGCGUGUAGUUCGCAUUGUGUCAUCCCGUUACAUUAUCUGUAUCUAUUGGGUUUGGGUUGUUAGAUUUAUGCUCAUGCUGUAAUCCACAAAAGCAAUAUUAAACCAACUGAACCAAUACCAAUGUCGUCUUCGUCCGCCCCGCCUCCGGCGCCGUCUCUCAUUUCUGAGGGGGAUUCCUCUAAUUGGAAUCACGCGUCGUUUUUCACCCGUUUCUGGACCUUUUCCCUGUGGAGCCUGCUCAUUCCCCUCGGGCUAGUUUUCUCCAUCCCUAUCUCUAUUUUCCGGAAAUGCACCGACUUCGCGUGCAACCGGGGCAACCUGUGGCAGGUCUUCUCCAUCACGUUUGUCAGUUUCACGUUAUCCCUCGCCCGAGUCCACGUCCUCUUCCCCUGGUACACCAUGCGUUUGGGCUGCUUCCUGCAGGCGAGACUGAAUAGUUGCUGUCGGAGGAGGGUGCUGAAGGUCGAAAAGAUGAAAACGACCGUCGAUGUGGCAACUAGUCAUACCGUUUUUACCCAGCAGCUCACGAACUUGAACAUCGGCCCGGUCACCUACGAUCUGUAUUCCCCGACGGGUGUCUCCAUCGAGACCGCGAAGACGAUUGUCAUCCACGCGGUCGGCGGCUUUCGGUUCUGCAUGCCGAGCAGGUUUUACGCGUACUCGAUCGGGUCGCUGGUUUUGCAUAAAAGCAAGGACCACGAUUCAUCAAGCGACAACGCGACCAUUUGGGCCAUGGUGCGGUACACGACGACGGGAUUGAACCCAAACGCCUGCGUAGAGAACGAGUUGCAAGUGAAAGAAGUGCGGAAGGUGUUUCUGGAUCUGAAGGCAAAGAACCCGACCGCGAAAAUCGUGCUGUCCGGGGAUUCCGUCGGAGCCAAUAUCGUGCUGUGCGCGGCGAUGGACAUGAAAAAUGCUAAUGUUCUGUCCCAGGAGGACGGGCGGGGGACAAGUGCAAGUGCAAACGCGAAUUCGAGCAACAACCUCACAACGCCCAAAAAUCCUAUGCCCGACGCGCUUCUGCUCCACUGCCCGGUGUACGACAGCUACCAUGCGCCGCUUUCCCCCCACAAAAACUACUACCGGGACUUCCUGACGCCUGAAGUGUUUCAGCUCAGCAGGCGGCUGUACCACGGAGCUGCGUCCGCAAAGGAUAACUACGAGUCGAACCACCGGCACGCGAAGAUCGACCCGAAAAUGUUCGCGCAAACUCUGACCGACAUCCCGGUUUUGGUGACGUUAGGUGGGAAGGACCUGCUUGUCGAUGUAGGGAAACAGCUGUACGAUGAUUUGAAAGAGCACGGGGUGAACGCAACUCUCUAUACCGCGGAAAACGGGGUACACAACUUCAUGUUUCUGAACGGCAUCGAUUUCACGAUGAUGACCUGGCUGACGAACAGGAAAGAAGUAAAAGAAGCACACGACCGCAUUCGGAAGUUUAUCCGGGAGUUGAAAUAGUGCAAAAAAUAAACAUCAAAAUCAAUCUUUUUUAGAUCGUUAAAAGGCCUAAAAGUAGGAACUUAUAUUUUUUGGAUCGGCAUCGCUAGAGUGAGUUGGUUGCUUUCCUCUUUUCCACGUAAAACUUCAAGCGAAGAAUGAGCGCCUGCUCUAUUCGAGGUCUUUUGUGCAGCUGAUAUGGUAACGUUAACGUGCCGCGGACGAGCUGCAUUCAACAUGAUGCCAAUUGGGAACCGCUCACCGUGAGUGACUGCAAUUCAUUGUAAUUUUUUUGAUUUUUUUCUUGGCAUGACAUGACGCGACGACCUGCAGCCAUGUGCUUCAGUGUUAGAGCGAG